GUGCCUUUAAAUUGCUGCUUUAGGAGGGUGAAUCUAGGGGGAGGUGGGAGGGAAGGAAACAUCUUCCUACUGGUCUCCCUCCUCCCUCCCUCCAAGACUCUCCAGGGUUUGGAGAGUGAUUGCUGCCCAAAGAGAAUCUUUUCUAGCUCCCUGGCGACAGGCCCUCCGCAGCCCAAGGCGAGCCUUAGCUAGAGCCGCUAGGGUUAUCUGUGUCAGGAUCAUUACCAGGGGAACAGUUCUGGCCCCCGACUGGUAAAGACAGGCCAGAGGAGAAGAGACAGAAGAAGAGAGAGCACGCAACUCCUAGCCCAGCCCCUUUGCUCACUGUGAGCAGCCCAAGUUGGCGGAAGGUACUGUACUUUUGUCGUCCCUGCAGGGAUAGCCCCUCACCUUGGCCGCCAGGCUGAGAAAGGGCACCAAGGUCCCCGUGGAAUGACAGCUUUUGCUCCUGCAACCCUCUCCUUCCUUCUCCUCUGGACCCUGCCAGGGCAGAUCCUCCUCAGGGUGGCCUUGGCAAAAGAGGAUGUCAAAUCUGGGACCAAGGGUUCCCAGCCCAUGUCCCCCUCUGAUUUCCUAGACAAGCUUAUGGGGAGAACAUCUGGAUAUGAUGCCAGGAUUCGGCCCAAUUUUAAAGGACCACCAGUGAACGUGACCUGCAACAUCUUCAUCAACAGUUUUGGCUCCGUUACUGAGACCACCAUGGACUAUCGGGUAAAUGUCUUCUUGAGGCAACAGUGGAAUGACCCACGCUUGGCCUACCAAGAAUAUCCUGAUGACUCCCUGGACCUUGAUCCCUCCAUGCUGGACUCUAUCUGGAAGCCAGACUUGUUCUUUGCUAAUGAGAAAGGGGCCAACUUCCAUGAGGUGACCACAGACAACAAGUUGCUGCGCAUCUUCAAGAAUGGGAAUGUGCUCUACAGCAUCAGAUUGACUCUCAUUUUGUCCUGCCCAAUGGACCUCAAGAACUUCCCCAUGGACAUCCAGACCUGCACAAUGCAGCUGGAAAGCUUUGGCUACACCAUGAAUGACCUCGUAUUUGAGUGGCUGGAAGACGCUCCGGCCGUCCAAGUAGCUGAGGGGCUGACUCUGCCCCAGUUCAUCUUGCGGGAUGAAAAGGAUCUAGGCUAUUGUACCAAGAACUACAACACGGGGAAAUUCACCUGCAUCGAGGUAAAGUUUCAUCUCGAACGGCAGAUGGGCUACUAUCUGAUUCAGAUGUACAUCCCUAGCCUACUCAUCGUCAUCCUGUCCUGGGUCUCCUUCUGGAUCAACAUGGAUGCUGCCCCUGCCCGUGUAGGCCUUGGCAUCACCACCGUGCUCACCAUGACAACCCAGAGUUCUGGCUCCCGGGCCUCUUUGCCUAAGGUGUCCUACGUGAAGGCAAUUGACAUCUGGAUGGCUGUGUGUCUGCUGUUCGUGUUCGCUGCCCUGCUGGAGUAUGCUGCUGUCAAUUUUGUCUCUCGUCAGCAUAAGGAAUUCAUGAGACUUCGAAGAAGGCAGAGGUGCCAACGCAUAGAGGAAGACAUUAUUCGAGAAAGCCGUUUCUACUUCCGUGGCUAUGGCCUGGGCCAUUGCUUACAGGGAAGGGAUGGAGGUCCAAUGAAAGACUCUAGUAUUUAUAGUCCCCAGCCUCCAGCUCCUCUCCUAAAAGAGGGAGAAACCAUGAGGAAACUCUACGUGGACCGAGCUAAGAGAAUUGACACCAUCUCCCGGGCUGUCUUCCCAUUUACUUUUCUCAUCUUUAAUAUCUUCUACUGGGUUGUCUAUAAAGUGCUACGGUCAGAAGAUAUCCACCAGUCCCUGUGAAUUGGGUGGGAGCUACAGAGUCCAGCUGCUGGCUUUCUGCUUUCUCCUGGGUGGG